UUCAUGAAAUACCCCUGAGUUUUCACGAAAUUCACCAAAUGCCCCUCGACUUUCAGAAAUUCACCAAAUGCCCCUCACUCUCACUAUAAUACUCAAACUACCCUUACACUUAACGGACGUUAAGUCGCCGUUAGCUGCACUUUACUGUUUUGCCCUUAUUUGUCUUUUGGGCGCCAUUACCCCUCUAACCCCACUCCCUUCUUCAUUACAGUUCAAAAAAAAAACCCGAUUCUCAAACUGCCCCUCUCUCUCUCCCCUGUUCUUCAACCUUCAACCACCAUAACUGCAUCAUCAAUCACUGAAAAAGCUUCAAAAUUUUGCUGCGCGUUGUGUUGCUGAAGUUGUGUCCUGGGUUUUCAACCCCAACUGAUUUCUUAGAAAGGGGGUUUUGCGAAUUGCAGUAGGAAGUUGAAGAGGUGCAAGUCCAAUUCUGAAUUUCGUGUUCGUAGUAAACUCGCGCAUCGUUUAAGGAUGUCUGCUACCUGGUUGUUGCUUCAUUAUAAAAGUCAUGACUUUGAUGUGAGGGUGUUGGACACUGAUAAGUGUCAAUUGAUUGAUAUAUUUCUGGAUAUUUUUGAGGAGUCAAGGAAGCAAAAUGUGUUUUUGCCUGAGAAGUUUAGGUUGUACACUAACUCACCCACUGGGAGGGUAGAAUUGGUUGAUGAUAGUGUUAUGAUUAGAAUGUGGGGGUGGAAUAUGGGCAAGGACACAGUAGAAUUGUGGAUAGAGGAUUCAGAUUCUCCAGGGCUAGCUUUUAGGUCUGCUGUAGCUCUACUUGAUAUGCAAAGGAAGGAGUUGGAAAAAAAGUUAAGGGAGAGACAGGAAGAGCUCUUGAGGAUGCAAAGAGAGGCUGAAGAACAGAGGAGGAAAGAAGAGGAAAAGGAGAGGGUUAGGUUGGAACUUGAGGAACAAAAGAAGUAUACAGUGGCUAUGGAGGUCCCAGUGGUGGAUGUUGAGAAUGAUGGGGUUGAGUAUGUGAGGGUUAUUACCACAGAAGAUGCUGAUGAGGUGUUUCCUGGCCAAUCUCAACCACAACCACAAACACAAGACUCCCCCCCUCCAAAGAAACCUACAAAGUCUAAACCUAGGAAGAAAUUGACUCCUAAAAAGAAGAAGACACCAAAAAAUGCCCCCCCAAAACCAACUAAAACCACCACCACCCCAGAAUCAACAACACAAACACCUCCACCCCCUCCUGAGUCAAGACAACAAACACCUCCACCCCCUCCUCAGUCAAGACAACACACACCUUCACCCCCUCCUCAGUCAACACAACAAACACCUUCACCCCCUCCUCAGUCAACACAACACACACCUUCACCCCCUCCUCAACAAACACAAACUGAAAAUGCUGCACCAACUGAACCACAGGCAAACAUACCUGAACCUAGUGUUCCAUCCAAACCAAAAAAGACAGGGAGAGCUAGACCUAAGGGGUUUAGGGUGGGAAAACCAACACUGGUAAAACUGGGAACAUAUGUUGCUAAAACCAAUGCUAGUAAGGUUAAGAGAGGUGCUGGAAGGGCAUGUAAAGGCAAGGGUGUUGCUGUGUUAUCUGAUAAUGAGGAUGAUGAGGACAGUGAGGAUGAUGAUUAUGAGGGGGAGGUGAGUGAUGAUGACAGUGAGGAUGAGGAGGACAUAGGGGAUUUCAUUAUUGCUGAGGAAGGGUUAGAGGACUUGCAGGAUGAUAUCCCUGAGAAAACAUUUGAGGAUUGUCUUGAUGGUAGUGCUAGGAUGGACAGGAAUUACAAAAAUGGGAAGGUUUAUGUUGAGCAACCAUAUGGUUCUAUUAGGCUAGAGCCCUGGCUAAUAUUUAAAGAUAGGGAGUCCUUUAUGAAUGUCCUUAUGGACUACUGCAUUCAGGAGGGGUUUGGCUUGAGUGUGGAGAAGUCAGACAACCUGAGAUACACUGCUGUUUGUGCAAUUGAGGGCUGUGAUUGGAGAAUUCAUGCCUCAAAGAUGGUAGACAAGUUCAGUUGGGCAAUAAAGUGUAUGAGUGGGGAGCACAAACUGUGUGGUAGGCUUGAGGUCAACCCAAUAGUGACCACCAAUUGGUUGGUCAGGAAGUUGUUGCCAGACAUUGAGGCAAACUUAGAAAUACCAGUGGUCACACUGCAGAGGUAUGCUCAGGAGAGGUUCCAGAUUGAGGUGAAGCCAAGGCUAUUCUAUAAGGUGAAAGCAGUGGCUAAGGAGAUCAUCCAUGGUAGUUUUAGUGAGUCAUAUGCACUCCUACCUAGGUAUGCAGAGAUGAUCAAGGAGACUAACCCUGGGAGUUAUGCACUGGUCACAUGGCAUAGUGUUUCUGGGGAUGUGCAACCAAAGUUCAAGGCCUGUUUUUUCUCAUUUGCUGCACAGUUCAGGGGAUUUCUGACUGGGUGUAGGCCCAUUAUUGGAAUUGAUGGCUCUCACCUAAGUGGGUAUUUCAAGGGAAUUCUUCUGGCUGCUUUGGGGAUUGAUGGAAACAAUGAGAUUUUCCUGCUAGCUUAUGGAGUGGUGGACACUGAAAGUCAAGAGAGCUGGAACUACUUCAUGAGGAACCUAAGGGCAGUGUUUCAGCAAGAAGGAUGCAACAGGGAUGACUGGACCUUCAUCAGUGACAGAAUGAGGGGGGUGGAUUUAGCUGUGCAUGAGAACUUCCCAAGGGCCACCAGAAGGUGUUGCAGUCAACAUCUAUACAUGAAUUACAAAAAUGGUGGUUGGAGUGGAGAACUUUUCCACAAGUUAUUCUGGAUAGCUGCAAAUGCCUUCAACCCCUAUGUUUUCAACAAGGCAAUAGAGAAGAUCACUGACUUUGAUCCCAAUGCAACAAAGUACUUGGACACAUGUACUGAGCAGUGGUCCAGACAUCAGUUUGACCCAGAAGUUUGUUGUGAUCAUAACACAACUAACUUUGUGGAAUCAUUCAAUGCUCUGACCAAGCCUUACAGAGAUUUACCAGUUUUGACCCUGUUUGAAGCAAUAAGACAAUGGGCUAUGCAGAGAAUUGGGGUCAGAUUUGACAAAGCUGUCAACAUGGAACCUCACCAAUUAACCGAGUAUGCCAGACAGGAACUUGAGCUCAGAGGUGCAGAGUCCAGGUUUUGCUACUCUACUCCUUGUGGAGGUGGGGAGUAUGAGGUGAGGGAUGGAAAUGUGCACUUCCCAGUGAGGAUUGACACCAGGAGAUGUGGAUGUGGGGUAUGGCAGGUCUCUGGAAUCCCUUGCAAACAUGGUUUGAGGGUGAUUUACAACCAAAGACUUAGCCCUGAAGAUUUUGUGUCUGGCUAUUUCAAGGGUGCUGCCUAUAAGCAGACAUAUGCAGAGCAUAUGCACCCAAUGCCUGACCCCAGUCAAUGGCCAGAGUACUCCCUUCCCACCAUUAAUCCCCCUGGGAUCAAGAGGAGUGCUGGAAGACCCCCUAAACAGAGAAAGAGGAAUGCCAUGGAAGCUAAGAAGAGGAAGAGGCAUAGCUCAGUCAAGUGUGGAAAGUGCAAGGAAAUGGGCCACAAUGCAAGGACUUGUAAGAAUGGUGCUGGAAGUUCCAAGGCUCCCCCAAAGCAGAGAGCUCCUACAAAGAAGAGGAAGGCAUCAUCUGAUGGUGCAAGUACAUCCAAGGCACCACCCAAGGGGAAAAGGUCAAAGCAAGCAUGAGGCAGUGUGAAUUUUGGGGGGUAGAAUGACUUUUUGAUUUGGAUUAACAUAGAAAACAACAGCACAUGUAAA